AUGGCGACUCUCAGAACUUCCCUAUCACGAUCCCUCAUCCUCCUUCGCUCCAAUACCCCUAAACUCGCACCUAUCUCUUCCUCUGUUCGUCUUCAAGUUCAAAAGUCGAGAAACUAUGGUACCGUAUCAUCUGUUCCUCCUCAAGCUACAGAAACAUCAAGCACAUCACCUAGUAAGGAUGUCUACCAAGAAGCACUCAACGCAACUGAACCCCGCAGCAAUUGGACAAGAGAAGAAAUCAAGGCGAUCUAUGAUAAGCCAUUGAUGGAGUUAUGUUGGGGUGCUGGUAGUUUGCACAGGAAAUUCCAUAUACCUGGGGCUAUUCAGAUGUGUACAUUGUUGAACAUCAAGACGGGUGGUUGCUCGGAGGAUUGUUCUUACUGCGCCCAAUCAUCCCGCUACCAAACCGGUCUCAAAGCCUCCAAAAUGGUCUCCGUCGAAUCUGUCCUCGCAGCCGCCCGCAUCGCCAAAGACAACGGUAGUACACGUUUCUGCAUGGGAGCCGCGUGGCGCGAUAUGCGUGGACGAAAAACCAAUCUCAAAAAUGUCAAAACAAUGGUUAGCGAGAUUCGCGGAAUGGGUAUGGAAGUAUGUGUCACGCUUGGUAUGAUUGAUGCAGAGCAAGCUCAGGAACUCAAAGAAGCCGGUCUCACGGCUUAUAAUCAUAAUGUGGAUACGUCGAGGGAUUUCUAUCCCAAGGUUAUCACGACCAGGACUUAUGAUGAGAGAUUGGAUACCAUUAAGAAUGUGAGAGAGGCCGGAAUCAAUGUUUGUACGGGUGGAAUCCUCGGAUUAGGAGAAAAUAAGUCUGACCAUAUUGGACUUUUGGAGACGGUUGCUACGUUGCCUUCGCAUCCGGAAUCAUUUCCUGUGAACAUGUUAGUGGCUAUCAAAGGAACACCACUGGAAGGAAACAAGAAGGUGGAAUUUGAGAAUAUGUUGAGAAUGGUUGCGACGGCUAGAAUCGUCAUGCCUAAAACCAUCGUGCGUUUGGCAGCUGGAAGAGGAGAAUUGAGCGAGGAACAACAGGUCUUAUGUUUCAUGGCCGGAGCCAAUGCCGUUUUCACAGGAGAAACAAUGUUAACCACACCAGCCGUUGGAUGGGGUGUCGAUUCCGUCGUUUUCAACAGAUGGGGAUUAAGACCCAUGGAAAGUUUCGAGGUUGAAGCCUUGAAGAACGAUAAACCUGCCACUACUAAUACGGAAAUACCGGUAGAGGCAAGUAAGGCAGAGAUGCCAGGUACAGUUGCUUGA